UGGUAGAGAGGCGUCAAGUAGAGUUGUCGUGGCAAGUUGGCCUGGCCAUGUCUCAAAACGCUAAACAGCAGCAGACGGAACCGCCUUUUAACCUUGGCGUAAAUGGAGGGAUGUUUGUAAUGGGGGGAGUGAAGCAGGAGCAGAGUGAUGUCCCCCCUCCCCGAGCCACCCAUCCCCUGGACUCAACCCAGGAAGAGAAUGUGGUUUCUCUCGCUGUGCAGCCGGUGAAGAAGAGAGGCUGGCCCAAGGGUAAGAAAAGAAAGAAGGUGUUGCCCAACGGCCCGAAGGCCCCGGUGACAGGGUAUGUGCGCUUCCUGAAUGAGCGGCGUGAGCAGAUCCGAGCACAGCAUCCUGAUCUGCCCUUCCCUGAAAUCACCAAGAGACUAGGUGCUGAGUGGAGCCGCCUGGCCCCCCACGACAAACAGCGGUACCUGGAUGAGGCAGAGAGGGAGAAACAGCAAUAUGCACGUGAGCUGAGAGAGUACCAGCAGAGUGAAGCCUAUCAGAUCACCAGUGCCAAAAUCCAAGACAAGAAGAUCAAGAGAGAAGAGCUGACAUCUGUGAUUAUCAAUGCCGCUAGUUCUGGACCAAUUGCAUUAAAGGGCUCAGAUCUCUCCAACAGAUUUGAUGUUCCGAUAUUCACAGAAGAGUUCUUGGACCAGAACAAAGCCCGGGAGGCUGAGCUGCGGCGGCUGCGGAAGGCCAACGUGGAGUAUGAGGAACAGAAUGCGGUCCUGCAGAAGCACAUUGCAGACAUGUACAAUGCCAAGGAGCGCCUGGAGGCGGAGCUGGGCCAGGACGAGCGGCGGACGCAGGCGCUGCACAGGCAUCUGCAGGCCAUCAAGCACACCCUCGUCAACAGCCUAGCGGCGGUGCCCCUGCCAGGCACUGAUGAAACCCCGUCGCUGGGGACGCUGGAUUCAUACCUGAGCCGGAUGAGCAGCGUGCUGGAGAGCAGCCCUCAUGAGCACCGUGCCCUGGUGGCACAGCUGCAGGACAUCCUGGCACACUUAGACAGUGAGAAGCUUUGAGUGCACUGAGUGGCAGGGCUGAUUAUGGACUGGGUUUGUCCCAGAGAGGGAGAGCCCCACCUCAGCACCUCAUUACUACUCCUCUACCUUACUUGGGAUGAUAGCUCUGCCUCGGCAUUAACUUGGUGCCUCACUCAUUUUGGCUUCCAUUGAAGGGGACACCAGCAGUGUGUGCGUGUACAUGUGUGCAUGUGGGUAUCUGAGCGAGCGUGUGU